GAUGUGGCUACAGCAGUUCAAAGCUGAGGUGAAUUUGCGACAUACAUGUGAGCAGGGUGAUCGGUUACCUGGGUAUGGCUGGCUCAUGCAUGAUGGAAUCAACUUUGGUGUACAGGAAAUUAAAGACAAUGAUUUCAUUUUAACAACUGAGUUUGUGAAACGUCUUGGUGGACGGCAUGGUGGAGAUUGGACAUGGCGAAUUACCGCUAAACCACAGAGUUCUACCCCAGAGAACCCAGUGAUAUCGUUAUUGUUUUAUGUUGCUGGUGAUGGAGAAGUAAUACUUCAGCCACACAUUGAGGAAAAAAGCAAGCUCAUGGCGGUGUCCGGUUCAUCAGAGGAACUGGGCAAAUUCACACUUACCUUCCUGGCACCAACUACAUUAAAAUCCAGGAAUUAUAAGUAUGCCAGGUAA